AUGGUCUUUUUAUACUUGUGGAACUUGAUCUAAGUGCUGAUUUAAAAAGCUUCCCUGAUAAAUGAGAAGCAUGUUUGCAAAUAUAAAGUAUAUAUCUUGAAAUAUUUUAGAUGGCUAUCGAUGUAAUAAUUAAGGAGCUUGAGUAAUUUAAUGAUUUUCAAGAAUUUUAAUUUGAGAUGAAGGAAGAUUUAUAGGAGAUUUUAACUUCCUUUAAGACAUUGAUGUCUAAAUAUUAAGUAGGAUAUUAGAAUUGCUAAGAAAUCAAAAUAAUUCUGACAUUUUAGAAUUUUUUUUAAAGCAAGAAAAUCAAAAGUAAUUAGCAUAAUUAGGAUAAAAUAACAUUAAUAAAAUAAGAAAUGCUCUUAUCAAUAUUAGUCAACACACAUUUAAUAAGAAGGAUUAUUGGCUUUAAACUUACUAAUAAAUUAGACAAAAACUUGUUACUAAAAUAGCUAAAUAGGAGAAGAUAGUCUAUUUUUUUAAAUUUUUAGUUCACCUUACAGCUAUUGAAAAGAAUUUCAUCUAGAGAGGAUCUAAUUCACUUAAUUUAUUGGUAAAAUUGAAGACAGAUCUAAGUAAUUAGAGUUGGGAAAACAUUAGGAUUAAGGAUACCUCUUUGAUAGGUGGAACAUUUGUGAGAUGUAACUUUAAUGGAUCAGAAUUCGACAAUAUUGAUUUAAGGGGGAUCUUAUUUUGGAUCUGA